AUGCUACCUAUAGUUAGGACUGAUGGCCUUAGUGACGGUGAAAUGACGAAUGUCUACUGCAAGCUGAACCCUGAAAGUAUGGCACGUAACCCAGUUCCACCGUAUUUUCGACCGAUACCUCACCCAUGGGCCCCGGAGAGUAUUACCCACCAUACCGAAAAUGUCAAUGUCGUACUGAAGGUUUGUUUUGAGAUGGGUGCAUAA